GUCAUGUGGAUCGAUGCCGUGUGUAUUAAUCAGUCCGAUAUUGAAGAGAUGAAUCACCAAGUCGGGCAAAUGUCCCAGAUAUACUCAGCCGCAGAGAAGGUCGUUAUUUGGCUUGGACCAGAGACUAACACUACUGAAGACGCGGUAGCAUUCAUGACAUAUGUGGUUCAGCAUGGAGAAAGCGACGACGCUGCAUUUGCCAUGGCGGAUUGGAUCAGACGAAAAUUCGAAGAUGCGAGUCAAGCAUUCGUAUUUGAAGCGCUCAAGAAUCUGUUUCUCCGCCCGUGGUUUAAACGAGCGUGGAUUGUCCAAGAAGUUGUCCUUGCUAAGACCGUCACCGUGAAUUGUGGAAGCUUUUGUUUUGAUUGGAAGAUCAUCGAACGCUUUUCCAAUAUCUUCAUGCAUGCUGCAGGACAAUUAGGAGAUGCGAAUCAAUUGGAGAAAUCCAAGUUCGCCAUUUCAUGCAUACUCAAUAUGUCUCCACUCAUCCACGCAUUUCGAUCCUGCGACGUUUUACAAGCGUUGAAGAAUGAGUUGGCGGAUUCUGGUCCGCCGCCACUGGCUACAAUUCUUAGGAAAAUGAGGAGGCAGAAUGCAAGUAACCCAAGAGAUAAGGUUUAUGCCGCGCUUGGCAUAGGACCAGCGUCCGAGAGGGAGCAUCCAGCAUUGCAACCGGACUAUGGAUUAUCCAUGGCAAGGCUGUUUCCCUUGGCAAAUGGAAACUAUGCAGGGCCGGAGGUGCACAAAGAGCACGCCCCUGAACCACUUUAUAAAGCUGGAGGAACAGUAUCACCUACACCAUACACCUUCUCCUCUGAUUUGAGGACCAUAGGUAUGGGAGGGUACUGUUUCGACGAGAUCGUCGACGUGGGUGCAUUAGCUUCGGAGUCCCAAGAAAUGUUGCCGGUUCCGGGAGCAAUGAAUUCAUGGCGAGGAUAUCUUGUCGGCAAGGAGUUCAAGGAAUACAUAUCUGGGGGCUCCUUAGUUGAAGCUUUCUGGAGAACAGUUUUGUGUGAUAUCUGGCCAAGUAGAGAGAGGAAGCUCCAGCGGAUCGGGGACAAACUAUCGGACAUUGAUUCAUUUCCUCCAGAGACUCCGGAAGAGGAGAAAGUUCUUAUGGUGUGGGCAAGGAUGAAAAUUGGAAGUUGGCUCAGAUGGAGGAGACUAAUCGUCACCAAGAAGGGGUACAUCGGGAUGGGCCCAACCGGAGUGAGAAUAGGAGACACAGUUGCGGUUUUGGAGGGAGGCGUAACACCAUUUAUAUUGAGGAAGUACGGUUAUAUGUAUAGGCUUGUAGGGGAGAGUUAUGUUCAUGGAAUUAUGGAUGGAGAGGUUCUAGAAAUGGCCGAAAGAGGCGAGUGCACGCUUGAGGGGGUUUUCCUUGCUUGAGGCUGUAAUACGAGUUUGGAAAUGGGACUCUAAGAAGGGAGAACUUGAAAGGAACGAGGUAGUGGGACAAAUAGACUGAAAACCAU